AACAAGAGAAAAAUCGAAAACUAGAUUGGAAACCAAGAAGAUCAAGAACAGGGCUUGAUUGAUCAUCACGAAGCAGCAAAAAUUGAGGGCAGCAAAGACAAUGGAGACGAAGAGGCAGGGGAGAGCAGCAACGGUUCAUCCUCUUCCUCUCCAAACCCACCAAAAACAGAGAGAAUCCUGCCUCUGGAAAUGGAGGCCCCGCCGUUGGCUGUGGACCUGGCAGUUGGGGAGGCCGAGCUCCACCCGGCGCCGUCAACACUGCUGGCCUCCGGCGAGGAUGGAGACUACCCCCCCGUCCGAAGCUUCAACGACGCGAAAGCCAUCUGGUUCAUUGAGUCCGCGAAGCUGUGGGCGAUUGCAGGGCCCAUUGCUUUCAACAUUCUCUGCAAUUAUGGAACCAAUUCCUUCACCAACAUAUUUGUUGGCCAUAUUGGGGAUUUGGAGCUAUCUGCAGUGGCUAUUUCCUUGUCUGUUCUUGCAAACUUCUCUUUCGGCUUUUUGCUUGGAAUGGGAAGCGCGCUCGAGACUCUAUGUGGACAGGCAUUCGGAGCAGGGCAGCUAGAAUUGCUUGGAGUCUACAUGCAAAGAUCAUGGAUCAUCCUAUUUGCCGCCUGCUUCUUCAUCCUGCCACUGUACAUUUACGCCACGCCGAUCCUGAGGCUGCUAGGCCAGAGAGACGACAUCGCAAGGUUAGCCGGGGACUUCUCCAUCCAAGUGAUCCCUCAAAUGUUCUCCCUGUCGAUCAACUUCCCGACCCAGAAGUUCCUGCAGGCUCAGAGCAAGGUGUGGAUCAUGGCCUGGAUCGGGUUCGUGGUGCUGUUGGUGCACUUGUGGCUGCUGUAUCUGUUCAUCAGCGUGCUCGGGUGGGGCACGGUUGGGGCUGCAGCCGCCUACAACGUGUCGGCGUGGCUUGUGGCUCUGGCUCAGGUCGGGUACAUUGUUGGUUGGUGCAAGGAGGGGUGGAAGGGGCCGUCUUGGUUGGCUUUGAGGGACCUUUGGCCCUUUGUGAAGCUAUCUGUGGCCUCUGCUUUCAUGAUCUGCCUUGAGAUUUGGUACUUCAUGAGCAUAAUUGUCCUCACUGGCCAUCUUGAUGAUCCUGUCAUUGCUGUUGGAUCUCUUUCCAUUUGCAUGAACAUCAAUGGCUGGGAAGGCAUGUUGUUCAUAGGAAUCAAUGCAGCCAUAAGUGUUCGAGUCUCAAACGAGCUCGGAGCUAGGCAUCCCAGGGCUGCCAAAUGCUGUGUCUUCGUGACUGUGGCUCAGGCCCUGCUCAUUGGGAUCAUUUCCAUGGCCAUGAUCAUAGCCACAAGGAACCAUUUUGCUUUCUUCUUCACUGACAGCAAGGAAAUGCAGAAAGCUGUUGCUCACCUGGCCUACCUCCUUGCCAUAACUAUGCUGCUUAAUAGUGUUCAACCAGUUAUAUCAGGAGUGGCUGUUGGAGGAGGAUGGCAAGCCCUUGUGGCUUACAUCAAUCUGUUCUGCUAUUACAUUGUUGGCCUGCCCUUUGGAUUCUUUCUGGGUUACAGAACAAAGUUGGGAGUGGAGGGAAUCUGGAUUGGGAUGAUUUGUGGGACUCUUUUGCAAACAUUGAUCCUUCUGUUCAUCACAUGGAAAACAAAUUGGAAUGAAGAGGUAGCACAAGCAUCAGAGAGACUAAAACAGUGGAGCGGGCAAGAGCAAGAUGAGAUUUAAUCCCUUGCAAAAGCCAAUUCCUCACUCAAUUGAGGUUUCAUUUUGGUCAUAAGUGACCAAAUCUAAUUACCUUUUUUGUUAACUCAAAAAGAUUGCUUAAGACGUGAUUUGAGCAACUUCCAUUUUUAUCGAACACG